AUGGCAUACACGCCGUUGUUCGAUAGUGGCGAAAACUUGCUCAUCGAAAAGAUGCUCGAAGAAUCGAAGGGAACCGGCAGCGAUGAAAUGAGGCUGUUCCGCCUGAAAUGGCUGUUGAAGCCGUCAUGUCACGCGGGGCCCCGGCUGGAAGGACCGCCUUCUUCGUCCCCAAUUGAAGCAAGAGCACGGGGAUUUUGGACGAGCCUCGCCCUCAAUUAUCUGCGCGGCCCGGAGAAAGUAGAGCGCGCGCUGGAGGACCUUGUGGACUGUGUGGAGGAUUUGCACCCGAAUCGCACGCUCGCCGAAGCGCUGGAGUAUUUGAUUGUCAUCACGCCCACUCGCAUGCUCUACAUCCCCGCCGAGGUGCAAAUGGGCAACCGCGUGCUGCGCGAAUUUGGCGGACCGGACGCGGAGAAGAUGAUCCGCGUCGUUUUUCGGGAAGACAACGGCGGUCUCUUGCGUGCCAUCGCGCGCCACGAGGGCAUUCGGGCACGCGUUGGGACUUUUCUGGAGCACGGACCGGUCGUUGGAGGCCAAAAAUUCGUGUUCCUGGGCCAAUCCAACUCGCAGCUCCGCGAUCAGGGCGCCUACUUCUACAUGGGCUCCGAUCGAGAUGCAAAUAAAAUCCGCACCUCGCUCGGCCAGUUCAACAAGCUGAACUCGGUGGCGAAAAUGGUGGCGCGAAUGGGGCAGUGCUUCACGCAGAGCAAGGAAUCGCCAAUCGAACUGCCGCGCAAGCAGUAUGAGGAAGAAGCCGACUAUUUCGGCGGCUCGGACUAUGUGGACGUUAAAAAGCUAACCACGGAAGAAGCGGCAAAUCUAAAGGCCGAGGAGCCGUACACGUUCAGCGACGGGGUUGGCCGUAUUUCGGAGAGCUACCUGAAAAAGAUCGCCUCGAUGAGCGACUACCGCUACAAAGAUCACACACCAUCUUGUGUCCAGCCGUCCUCAAAAGCCGACCCCAAAGGCAAAAAGCGAGCCAAGGAGGUCAACAUCGUCUUCAGAGAAUCCCAGAAAAAAUUCGAAGCCCCGCGCAAACACCAGAGCGGCGAGUCCAUGAAGUUCGAGGUGGUCAAGUUCGGCGGGCCGUCGCCCGUCUCCCUCAACCGUCCAUUCAUCAACAUUUUGUGCCAAGUAGCUGAACAUCAAGGCCAGCAAGUGCACGACCGGGUGCAGGGCCGCAUUCUGACGCUGCUUGACCACCACGCUGUUCGUGAGAGCCAGACGGAUACACUUUUCACUCCAUGCCCCGGCACUAAAUACACGCGAGCCCCGGAUUUUAUGCACCGCGACUUUGACCCGGCCUAUCGUUGCCGACGAACCGUCGGAAUGGUUUACCGAGGUAUCAAGGAGAUUCAGAAGAUUGUUGAGGACUCGCUGGAGGGGGAUAACGAGGUGAACAUCGAGCUCGAUCCGGCUUUCAACCACCCUGGAUGGGAAAAUAUGAAAGAAGAAGCGGAAGCCGGGCUUAUUGAGUGGUCCCAGGGGAUUAAGCGCGUCCUCGACCAUUACGGCGUCGCGUCGGCCGCCGAGAUCAUCACCGGCUGCGUGAUGGCGAUGCGCAACAAGGCGGCCGAAAGUGACGGUGAUCAAGUCACCUAUUUUACGACCAGCCAAACCAUCGAGUCUACGGGCCAUCACAUCGGCGACUACGAGAUGCUGACCGAGCCGUACGAAGAGCACUGGGCCAACGAAGCUCAUCCGUUGCACAGGCAAGUCAAACAACCGACGGUCGCAAUGCUCCAAAAAGCAACCGCCUACUACAAGGUGGCAUACGAAUUCGGUGGUGUGCGCGUCAGCGCGCUGGGCUGCGCCGCGUCGUUGCGCCGUCUGCGCGAGGCGCUGAUGCUCGACCCGAUUAUUCAGUACGAGCGCUACGGGCCCGGCAUCGACGCGGAAUACGCGAGCCGAGUCCGCACGCGCGUCAACGAGCUCAUCGCACCGCAGAUUGUGCCCGAAAUU